CAACCAGGUGCUAUCGAUUGGAGCGACGAGGGAGCUGAAGGAGGAGGCGCAGCUUUGCGAAAUCUGGGGAUCCGACGCGAGCGCGACGCUUAUGGAGCCUCUGAUUCUUCAUACUUUAGUAUUGACGUUGUCGCUCCAGUUUCGCACUGCAAUGUUUUACUUUGCUCCCCUGCGUCGGGUUGCUGUGGAUGACGUGGAUGACCAUCAGAAAAACAUGGUCAUCCGUACGUGCUAUUGCACCUUCUCCGUGUGGUCUGGUGUGCCAAUCGCCAUUCCCGAAAGAAUACCUCGACUUGAAGGGGAGCGUCCACUCGUACCGGUCAAGAUACCUAUCCUGCAAGGUGUCAACGCCGAUCUCAUCAUCCGGUACAGAUACCUGUUGAUCCUUUGGCAGUUUCAGAAAUACCCAAUCGUGGCUGCAGACCAAGGCCUCAUGAAGAUAACACAGUUAAUAUUGGAUUCCUGUCUCGCUAUCGCAAUGCCAGAUCGACCACUUACGAGUAAGACGUCGCGGCAGCGGCGCGCGUCCUUCUCUGCAUUACAAGACAUACGGUCCAAGCCGCGUCUUCCCCUCAAACCACCCUGUCAUUGCGAGCGCCGCUUGAUGAUAAUAUGAGCAGCCAGGGAGUCUGAAGCCUGAUGGAAGCCAUUGAACUGGCAUGUAACACCACCGAGAUUGGUAGCCGUAUCGAGGUUUAUUCUGGUAUCUCACAUGUUGACGCCGACCUGAUACAUAGUCGCUUCAUGUUCCUACAAUGUGAUCUCCUCGGAAACAGAUUUUGCAG